AUGGUAGGAAGGAAGAACUCCCUUUUAAGUGGAAGUGGCCUACAGCAGAAUCAGACCAUUUGCUGCAGGUGGUUUUGGAGGGAAUUUUACUGUCCUUCAGAUACUAAAUACUGCUCCACCCUCCACAUGAUGGAUAGAAGUGGGGAAAGUGUGUCUGUGACCAAGCGCUGCGCCACCUUGGAGGAGUGUCUGUUCACUGGCUGUGCUGACGUUGCCGAUACUGGCUACCAGGUGUGCUCUUCCUGCUGUGAGGGAAACAUCUGCAACGUGUUGGUGCCCAGAAAUGACAGCAGUGCCAUUUUUUCCUCCAUUUCUCCUUUGGUUAGUUUGAGCGGGAGUCUUCACUCUAGAGCGCUGUGCUACAUCAUCAUCGCCAUCAUUGUUGUCAUCUUCACAGCUGGACGUGUUGGAGACAUCAUUUAAGAAAACACGUAGAAAGAGAACAGCUGGUACGUGUAGCGGCAGAACUGGGACCUGUGUUGGCUGCGUGUUUCAGUAACUGAAGGUUUAAAGCCAUUUUUAUAUGUAAGACAACUGAUUCAACUUUGGUUUCCUUUCUUCUUUUCCACUUUUUUAAUAGUCGAUCUGCAUUUCUGUGUUUUCUGUUAUAUUUAUAAUGUUACUUUGUAUAUAGCUCAUAAUAAACAGCUCUGAGUCAAAAGCUCAGGCUUCAUAAUGUUCUAAACACUGUCUCAGAUAUGUCUUCUACUCCUGGCUCUGUGUGAUGAUGCUGACUAUCCCUAAUAUGGUAUCUAUUUAAGGUUCUCAGUCAUC